AGCCAACGCCAACAUGGCGGACGGGAAAUUUCCUUUGUAUCACGUCGCGCCGCGCGAUGUUGCGUCGGACGGCUUCCCCACCCGCCGUUCGACGCCGUUCGUCGUGUCCGGCGCGGUCGCCUCCUCGCGCGUCGUCUCGACGUCGUCGCGACGUGACGCGACGCGACUUCCGUUCUCGCGUUCGUCCACUCCCGUCACCGGCACCCGUCUCGGUCCCACAAAGCACACCUCGAUCCGAGACGCUCUCGGAUAGCAACCGGAUCUCGGCCUAUCGUCUGGUUUGCCGGUCCGGGACACUCGCGAUGACACAUUUCCCGUUCCGAUAUUCAUCGAUCCCCGAUGUCCCGUCGUCGCGUACGGCAUCGAAUUUCGCCAUAACGUGCAAUGAGUGAUAAGCAAGGUGCACCUAUUUUACCACCCCUUAAUCGGGGUGCGGCUAAUAAUGGAGGAAAUAAUGGAGGUGCAGCUCAACAGACUGUCAGUCUGCAGCAAGUUCUCGCUACUCAAGGCCUCAAUGUGCUCUCUACUAGUAGCGGGCAACAGUUUGUCAUUACGAAUCAAGUUCCUGGCCUUACGCAGGUCAUACCGAAUAACAUCACAACUAAUGCAAGCGGAACGCAACAAGUCGGCGUCACGAGGAUCGUCAAUAUUGCAGGCACACCACCGCGUAACGCGGCGGGAGUGGUGGCCGGAAGUGUCAAUGUUGGCGGUACAUCGCCGUCGAUGGCGUCGCGACCACAGAACUCCACCAAGGUAGUGUUGGCGACGUCGCCGAAGCUUGUACGCACCUCAAUAGGCAACAUGUUCGUGACGCCGAUGUCGUCACAGACAUCGUCAUCGCAGACACGGGGGCAAUCGCCAUCGCCACCGGCAAGAAAACGAUUAAAAUUAUCAGAGACAACGGAGAAAGCUAUCCCAUUCGAUAACAGCGGCUAUCGUAGACGGAUAUUGGAGCAUAAGAUGCGGCGGAUGCGCAUCGUACGUGAAAAGUACGCCGAGCUUGCGUCGGAGCUCUUCUUUUUGCACGUCGGUGGCAACAUGAUGGACUAUGCCAAUUGGCAGAAACGGCCUCCGACGGCGCAAUAUUUGCACUUUUUACGUCAGCAUCAGCUCGAUCCGGACGAUGACGAUGAGGAUCUGACAGCACCGUUGUCAUCGGAUUUCUCGCAGAUAUCUGCUGUUACCACCGUUGCUGCUGCCACCGUCGCUGCUGCUAUUACUACUACUACCACCGCUGCUAUCACGGCUACCGUUGCAAGUGUCAGCGCCGGUUCCACGGUAGUACAAAUCCCGAAUCAAAGCGCGGAAGUUAAGAUCUCCGGCGCGGGCGUCACGCCAAUAGCGCUCUCCACAACUCUGCCUGCUGCGGCUUUAGCACAGCUCACUCAGCAAGGCGGAACACCAGUGGUUACAGAACCGUCGAAGCCGACGGUCACGAUCACCGCUCCGAGUCCGGUGGUGGAAAAACCAGUGUCGUCGAUUGCCACCACCGUCGCCCCGAAAACGCCUACGACAACCACUGCGCUCAAUAACCCCCAACCUGUCGUUAAGCUUGUUAAAUUGUCUACACCCACUACCGUAAUUACUUCCUGUGAUACAGCGAACAAUCAGGAGCAAAUUGUGGAAAAGGCUAAACAGGAGGCAUACGUGAUGCAGAGAAUCGUUGAGUUGCAACGUGAAGGAUUAUGGUCAGAGCGACGAUUGCCCAAAGUGCAGGAACCAGCUCGAACGAAAGCCCAUUGGGAUUAUUUGUUGGAAGAGAUGGUCUGGUUGGCUGCCGAUUUUGCCCAGGAGCGUAAAUGGAAGAAAGCUGCGGCGAAGAAAUGUGCGCGAAUGGUGCAAAAGUACUUUCAGGAGAAGGCGAUUCAGGCGCAAAAGGCCGAAAAGUCGCAAGAACUCCGAUUGAAAAAGAUCGCUAGCUUCGCCGCCAAGGAAAUUAAAACUUUUUGGACAAAUGUCGAGAAGUUGGUAGAAUAUAAACAGCAAACAAGACUAGAAGAAAAACGAAAGAAGGCAUUGGAUCAGCAUUUGAACUUUAUUGUGGGUCAAACAGAAAAAUAUUCUACAUGGCUAACAGAGGGUCUCAACAAGACAGAUGGUCCACAAAGUAUUCCAGCUUCCAUAAAUAGUUCACGCAUCUCUUCACCAGUUCCGCAGGGAAAAUGUCAUUCGGAUGAGGAGUUUCAGCCAAAUCAGAGUUCAGAUGAUGAUGAAGAGACUAUAGCUAAAGCCGAAGAAGAAAUGAAACUAACGACCAAUCACAAGGAAGAAGUAGAAUUAUUGAAGAGAGAAUCGGAAAUACCUUUGGAGGAUCUUCUGAAGGACUUGCCGCCAGACUAUUUGGAGGAUCGCAAUAAAAGCCUAUCGCCGCAAAACGCAACAAACGAAGAGGAACAAAAUGACAACAAGGAAGCAGCUGAUGCGGAUGUAGAUUUCGUCGCGGCAUCUGGUGAAUCUUCGGACGAAGAAGACACUAUUAUGGAAGAGGAGAGACUCGAGGGAGAGAUCGAUCAUAAACGCGAACUCGAUGAACUUAAGGCUGACAACGAAAUGUCUAUUGAAGAACUUGCGGCCAAGUAUGCAAACAUGUCGGACAUGUUGAUGGACGUGGAUGUGGACGUGGAGGCUGAAGGUACGGAUAAAGAAAACAGUGAUAAGGAAGCGGCACCAGAAACUGAAGACCAAAUGAGCAGUAGCGAGAAUGAAAGUGAAGAAAGUGAUCGCGAGAGUGAUGAGGAAGAAGUUCGGACUCAGAGUGAUGCCGACGCAGAUGUGGGACUUCAAUCUCUUCUUGAAGAUCCAUCUGAGAAACAAUCAGAUAGCAGAAUUUCAGACGAUCACUCGGACGCUCGUAAUGAGAUGGAUAACGUUGCCGCAUUAGCCGAAAGCAUCCAGCCUAAGGGGAACACAUUACUCACUACUAGCGUUGUCACUAAAAUACCCUUCCUUUUGAAACACUCCCUUCGCGAGUAUCAGCAUAUAGGAUUGGACUGGCUUGUCACUAUGUAUGAGAGGAAGUUAAAUGGCAUUUUAGCAGAUGAAAUGGGUUUAGGUAAAACUAUACAAACCAUCGCACUAUUAGCACAUUUAGCCUGCGAAAAAGGAAACUGGGGGCCGCAUCUUAUAAUUGUACCAACCUCCGUAAUGCUCAAUUGGGAAAUGGAAUGCAAAAAGUGGUGUCCUGGAUUCAAGAUAUUGACAUAUUAUGGGACACAAAAGGAGAGGAAACAAAAGAGAACAGGUUGGACGAAACCGAACGCUUUCCAUAUAUGCAUUACGUCCUACAAAUUAGUGAUACAAGAUCAUCAAAGUUUUAGACGGAAAAAGUGGAAAUAUCUCAUCUUAGAUGAGGCACAGAAUAUUAAGAACUUCAAAUCGCAAAGAUGGCAAUUGCUCUUAAACUUCCAAACACAACGGAGGUUACUUCUUACUGGCACACCUCUUCAAAACAAUUUAAUGGAAUUGUGGUCUCUCAUGCACUUUCUUAUGCCUAAUGUAUUUCAAUCUCAUCGUGAAUUUAAGGAAUGGUUUAGCAAUCCUGUUACAGGCAUGAUCGAAGGCAAUAGUGAAUACAACGAGAAUAUUAUACGUCGUCUACAUAAGGUGUUGCGGCCAUUUCUCUUACGAAGAUUGAAAACCGAAGUGGAAAAACAAUUGCCAAAAAAAUAUGAACAUGUAGUCAUGUGUCGUUUGUCAAAGCGCCAGAGAUUUUUGUAUGAUGACUUUAUGUCGAGAGCAAAAACGAAAGAAACACUCGCUAGCGGAAAUUUAUUGAGUGUGAUUAACGUGUUAAUGCAAUUACGAAAAGUAUGCAACCAUCCGAACUUGUUCGAAGUGCGACCGACCGUUUCCCCGUUUCAAAUGGAGGCACUCGAAUUUCUGACCGCUUCGUUGGUUUGGAGUGUAUUCGAUUAUGAUCCUUUCAAGCACAUCCAACUGUCUAGCUUGAACCUUUUGCUGUUAGAUCUGGAAUUGACUCUCAGUGCAUUCGUUGCGCACAGAAUGAAACGACUGCAAACGCCUAGAAAACUUAUAGAAGAAAUAGAUAACCAGCCAGAACCGACGCCGAGAUGUCCGUCCGGUCGGAUUAAAAUCAAUGUUAGAUUGUCAAAUCAGACAAAACCACAGUCGAAUACACAACAGCAGCAACAGCAGCAGCAAACGCCAACUAGGCUGAAGAAUCUUGCUGGAGUACUACCCACUCCAAGAGUGGGUACAUCUCUUUCAAUAAAAUCAUUAAAUACUAGCCAGACUGGUUCAGGACGAGGUGUUACACUGAGAGUUGCGAGUGGUCAACAAUUGCAAGGAUAUUCCGUGCAACUGGUACCACAUCAAGCUGGUGUGAAAGCUAUCCCCGUGGCAACGCUAGGACAUAAUCCGCAAAGUACUACCGUGACGUCAACUACGACAGGAACAAACGCGCAAAGAAUCACAGUAGGAAACGCUAGUCUCAGAGAUGGCAUUCAACGACUAACAACGCAAACCGUCACGGUUAAGCAAGGCGAUUCCGUCCAGAGAAUAGCAGUGCCUGGUUUCGCACAGUUGGUUCAAACCUCUACCGGUAGACAUAUCCUUUUGACUUCGAAUCAACAGAAUACUAACACAGUUUCGUUUCCAGUCAUGACCUCUAGCGGAUCGCGUCUCACAGUACUAUCCAAAUCGCUGAUGGGUUUGUCCACCUCGGCUGCUACGACGGUGAAUAAGGUCGUCAGCGGUGUGGUAACGACGCCGAGCGGGCGACCCGUUAUGAGAGUGCCUCCUCUGAAUGUUACCGCCUCGCCAUCACCAUCGAGCGGAAAUAGCCAACAGCAAUCCAGUCAACAACAAUCGCCAUCGAUACGCAGCAUCGUCACCAGACAGGCUCAGAAGGAAGCCAGUAAAGCGCAGAGUAAAUCCGAACAACCCAAAUCCGAAUUUCACUUGCCGCAGUUGGAGGAGGAAAAACGGCAGAGAAGACAAGCCAAACUGCAUCUCACGGCAGAUAUCAAUGAGCGGAGAUGCGCGGCGUGUCCGCUUUAUGGCGAAGAUGUUUUUAUGGCCUUGAGAAUUGGCAAGCCUACGACGGCUUGUCGCUGGCAUAACGGUUGGGUGCAUUGUGCGACUGCCAAGGAGAAUAUUCGUACUCGCAAGCAGUUCUUUUCACACACGGAGGCGCUCGCUGAAGCUAUCAAAAGCACAGAGCAGAUUGUUGAAGAGUUAAAGGAAGUUUUCGAAAGAUUUGUGGUCCACGUACCCGCCGUACGCGCGCCAAUGCCUCGAUUCCACGUAUCUCAUCCACCGCCUCACAAAUUGUGGGGUGAACGUCAUCUGCAGACCGAAUUGCAAAGACAACUGUCACCAAAAGUGACAGUGUUUCAUCCGAUUUCGAGUCUCAUGCUCACACAAUUCCCCGAUCCUAGACUCAUCCAAUAUGAUUGUGGCAAGCUACAAUCAUUGGAUCGUCUGUUGAGGAAGUUGAAGUCCGAAAAUCAUCGAGUUCUAAUAUUCACGCAAAUGACUAGAAUGUUGGAUGUGCUGGAAGCUUUUCUAAAUUUCCACGGACACAUAUAUCUACGACUGGAUGGCACUACUAGAGUGGAUCAACGUCAGAUUCUGAUGGAGAGAUUCAACGGUGAUAAGCGAAUCUUUUGCUUUAUUCUGUCAACGAGAUCUGGAGGUGUCGGAGUGAAUCUUACGGGGGCGGACACGGUAAUAUUUUAUGACAGCGACUGGAAUCCCACGAUGGACGCCCAGGCGCAGGAUAGAUGUCACAGGAUCGGACAAACGCGGGAUGUACAUAUUUACAGAUUAGUCAGUGAGAAAACUGUAGAAGAGAAUAUACUAAAGAAGGCAAAUCAGAAAAGAUUGUUAGGCGAUCUCGCAAUUGAAGGCGGAAACUUCACUACGGCAUACUUCAAAAGCUCCACCAUUCAAGAUUUGUUCAAUAUCGAUCAAACGGAGAAUGAUGCAUCGAUGCGAAUGGCCGAGGUGCUGGAGCAGAAUCGAGAACGAGAAAAAGCUUGGAGCAAAGAAUCGACAGCAGCAGCAGGACCCUUUCAGAGCGGCACUUCGAAUCAACAUACGGAAGAAAAAGCGGCGAUUGGUGCUCUGGAAAAUGCUCUUGCUGCUGCUGAAGAGGAUCUCGAUGUUCAAGCUGCGAGAACCGCAAAAGCAGAAGCUGUUGCCGAUCUUGCCGAGUUUGACGAGAACAUUCCGCUGGAGGAUGCAGACAAAGAUGAAACGCAGGUCAGCAAGGCGGAGCAGGAAGUUCAGAAUCUAGUUGCUCAGCUUACUCCGAUCGAGAGAUAUGCCAUGAAAUUCGUCGAGGAAUCAGAGGGUGCAUUCUCAGCGGCACAACUAGCCGCGGCGGAACGGGAACUCGAGGAACAGAAGAAGGAAUGGGAAUUGGACCGUCUGCGAGCGCUGCGAGAGGAGGAAGAGCGACGGAUGCGGUUAGCCGACGACGACGAGAAGCCGCUCACGUUUGGUCGCGAGGAUGCGCAGAAUCAGGUUAAUAGCACUGUCGCGAAAAGCGGUUCUAAGCGAUUAGUCAGUAAGAGGCUAGCGGUACCGAGUAGAAGGAGUUCGCGUAGACGUGGCGGUAAUAGGGUAGGACGUCCGCGUAUUGAAUCUCCAUCGGAAAGCGAAAACGAGACUACGAGUACCGAAUCAGAUUCAGAGUCUCAGGAAGAGGAUAUAGUCGAGGACAGUCUUGACGAGGAAUCGAGUCAUACAGAGAGUCAGAGUCAGGGGGACGAGGAAGAGGAGGGAGAGGGAGGUGGGGAAAAGGGAGAGGGAGACGAUGAUGAGGAAGAGGAAGCCGGCGAGGAAAGCGAAGACGGGAGAGCGAACGAUCGCGAUUAUUCCGAGCGAGGGGGAGGUUUCUCAAGACGAAAGGGUCGUUUAGCGGGAUCCGGCUCCUGUAGUCGAAAUCAUUUCGAUCUGAAUAGUCCUCGCACUAGGUCUCGCGGAAAUGUACAAAUCAACUUAUGGACUCUAGACGUGAGUCCCAUUCUGCCUGGUGUAAAGCCAAAUCGUCGGCAGCGUAAGAAAUUUCAUCGCGCUAAAUCUGAGGAAACUGUGUUCUCAUCGUCGGAUACGUAUUCUAAGAGAAGCGUACGUAUUAAUAUGAGCGCUAAAGUUCAGUCUACUAAUUCUCAUCAGAACGCAAAGACCUCCGAAAUUGCGGAAAUUGAACAAGAUUCAACGAGAAAUGAUGUAGAUUCGAUCAACUUGAAUAGUGUUCAGCAACGAGUUGCUAAUCCCAACGUGGAGCGACCCACUGAUGAUCACGCAGAUUCGUCAGUUGCUAAAGCGCAAUCGGAACAAACAAGAGCGUCGGAAUCGAAUUUGGAUAAUACAGAAGGAAGUGUUAGAGAAAAAAAUGACGAGAAAAUUGUAAACGGCACUAAUUUAAUCACUGUCUGCUCUGUUCAUGUAACACGGUGCUCGCAAAAAAUGUUGUCCGCGACGUAUAGAAAAUUCGAGUCCGAAGUGAAUCGCAAUGAAGAUGCCGAGAAUCUUGACGUAAAUGUCAGCGCGAGAAAUUCUCGAUCAUCUCCAAGCGCGAUCCAACCGGAUGCGUCUCUGAAGCGUUCAAAAGAGCCGACAGGCAAAUCCAAAUCCGAAUUUGGCGUGUCAACCAAUUCUUUGUGCAACAAUGCACGGGGAAAAUUGUCUGCCGCGACAUCGAGAGAGUCGGGAAGCGUCGAAUCAUCCUCGAGCCGUUCGGUUCCGCUCUUACGAUCGAAAACGUUACGAAACGCAAGUCCCGACGCGGUUGAUAAAAUUUCCAAACCGCUUGCGAUAUCUCGCGUUUCAAUCGCGCAACGAAAUUCUAAAACGAAUGCCGACGAUACUCGUAGUAACAUGGUCGAGAAUGAAAAUAAAGAUUACGUAUGUGAUAAUGAUAACGACAAUGCCGAAUCGAUAGUGUCCUCUACGCGAAAGUAUACUAGUCAGAGAUACAAUUCGAAGAGCGAUACACGCGAAAAUUUAAACUUAAACGUUGCAUCGUUGCAAGCAUCAGAAAAGGGAACGGAUGAUUCGGUAUCGAACGUGUCUGAUUCUCUAAUCGCGCCUUCGGUAAAGAGCGAAAGCAAUUCAAACGAGUCCAAAUAUAACAUACGAAGAUUAGAAGUCGCACUUGCGCGAAGCGUGACAACUCGUAGUUCAAAAAUUCCUUCGGUUAUCAACAAUCACUCCGACGAAAGUAAUUGCCGAUUGAUAGAUGACAAAGUCGAAUCGUUACCAGAAACUAAGAGCAGAACGCGCAGAACUGAUUUAACGGGCUCGCAACACUCAAACGCUGAACAGAGCAGAAUUACGCGAUCGAUAGUUCCUCCGUUGACGUCUCCACCUUUAACUGGCGGUGACGAGAUGACAAAUUCGAAAUUGACGUCGAGACGACGACCGGACACUCCCCUUCCACGGCCGGUCACGAGAUCCGCGGUAAUUAUGAACACUUCUGCAAGAGUUUCGCCUAGUCGAAGUGAGAAAUACGCGACGCGGAAUUCGAAGCAGUGUCAGGACAAUGGCCUGGUGAGCCCGGCGAGUCCGGUGUUAUUCGGACGUAGCAAAUCGAUACCGCCAAUGAAACCGGACCCCAAGGAGACGUCGGUGACGGCGGUAAAACGCCGUCCAGAUACUCCACGACCUAACAUACCGCCCAAUUACAACGAACAAGUUUCUAGAGUGACACGCUCGGGAUUGACUUUAAAUUCCUCGGCCUCCUCGGCAAAAUCAGCGUCGUCACCAUUGUUAUCUCCCCCUACUUCCACGCUUAAAACGAGCAUCAAACAGCCGCGAAUUUCACCGACAAGCAGCGAGAAUGAAACUCCUACAAGUUUGGUAUCAUCAUCUUAUGAGAAGCCUCAGAGAACCGCCAAGGUUGUGGCUAUUCUUAGUCUGGACACGAGAAAUCAUCAUAAUAGCAACAAGACUUUCUCAACUCAGCCCAAGUCUAUCGCCAAUUGUGAGACAAAGGGCCAGGACAAGGAACUUCUGCCGCGACUGUCGCCGAAGGAUCAGGAGGCUGAUCGCGAAGAAUGCGACUCGUCCGAUACCAAAUCUAGGAGGCUGCGCAGGGAAAUGAAACGCAUUAAAAAUGCUGUAUCGUGCUCGAUGGAAGACGAGAGGGCUAAUUCUGACGACAGUAGCGACAGGGAGCCGUUACAGAAGAGGUCCUUUCGUUCGCAUCUCUCUCUCUCGUCCUCUUCCUCUUCUACGGUCGUGACGACGCGCUCUGACAAACUGAGGAACGCCACGAUAUCUUGAGUCUCGCUAAAGUAUCAUCGCGGUGUAGUAGUAGUCGUCGAAGGCCUGUGUUUCUUCGUCGGGAAUACUAUCGCUAUUCGACUACUCGAUCAUGUAGUCGAUUGCUACUACUGUCUACUAUUCAGUCCGCUUAUUGCGCGUGCGAUGCCGAUUUCGCACUCAAUAUUUGUCGCAUGAUAUUUUCUCCUUUUAAUGUUUCUGUUAUUUAUAUUUUUCUCUCUAUUGUAUAUGAUAUAUGUGAGGAAUUGGCAGCAUCUUUUGCGAUAUAUAUAACUUUGAGAUUCCAGGUAAAAUUAAAAGUGCAUUUCUUCUGUAAAUUUGGAUGGAUAUGUUUUAUUAUUUAUUUUUC